AAAAACACACUGCAGCCAGCUCAAGGAGGUGGUGAGCGAAACACUGAGGAGACACAAGAGGCUGAUGGAGAUGUUGUGCCACAUGCUGAGGAGACACAAGCGGCUGGAGAUGGUGAGCAACACACUGAGGAGGAGACACAUGAUGCUGUAGGACAUGGCGAGCAACACACUGAGGAAGGGACCCACACUACUCAGGGGAUGGCUGUGACACAAACAGAAUGUAACUUAUGUGUGCACAGAUCUGCAGAAGUUAACCGCCUGUUGGAAGAAAACGUACAGCUGCGACGUGAACUUGAUGAGCACAGGAUGUCUGAUAGUUUUUUUGGAGACAAUGAUGAUAAAGUUAAGUACUACACAGGACUGCCAAACCUGGGAACCUUUAUGGCCUUACUUAAUUUUUUGGUGCCUCUCAUGUCAGACCAAAAGAAGAAAGUUCUUAGUCCAUUUCAAAUGCUUCUCAUAACCUUUAUGCGCCUCAGACUGGAUCUGCCUGCACAACAUCUAGCCCAUCUCUUUCGUGUUUCCCCAAAGACAGUAUACAGAACAUUUCAUGAAAUUGUGUCAUUUAUGUAUGCAAACCUGAGCCGUUCCAUCAUAUGGCCAGAAAGAGACACUAAACAAAAAAUUAUGCCUCACCAAUUUGUGGAGUCCUUUGGAUGCAGAGUAGCAGUGAUCAUUGACUGUUUUGAGAUUUUCACAAAGAAACCAUCAAAUCUGAAAGCACGUGCUCAAAUGUUUUCCAGCUACAAGCACAAUCACACUAAGAAAUAUUUGAUAGGUAUUACACCGAAGGGAUCUAUUUGUUUCAUAUCAAAAGGGUGGGGUGGCCGUACAAGUGAUAAACACAUUACAGAAAAUAGUGACAUUGUAUUGGCUGAUAGAGGUUUUGAUAUAAAGGAAAGUGUUGGCAUGUUGUGUGCAGAGGUCAAACUCCCAGCCUUUACAAGGGGUUACUGUCAGCUAGCUGCAAGAGAUGUGGAGGAGACAAGAAAAGUAGCUCACCUAAGAAUCCAUGUUGAAAGAGUGAUUGGAAAUAUUUGUCAAAAAUAUAACCUUUUAACAGGAACCAUACCCAUCAACAUGAUCCUCCCAUGUGAAGGUGAGGAUAUCACAUUUUUAGAUAAGAUCGUCACUGUCUGUUGUGCGCUGACAAACCAAUGUCCAACUGUAGUGUAGUACAGUGGUUUUCAACCCUUGUCGUGGGGUCCCAUCAUUUUGAACUUUUUUUUUUGUCUGAUGUUCUGAAGUUAAACUUAAUUUCAAUGUAUGCAUCUUUGUUUGUACUCCUUCCACUGUGUCCAUCUAUUGCAAUGUGCUGAUGCUUUAUCCUGCUCGACCAGCCUUGCAUGAACAAUAAAGCAUGUUUGACAAAAAAUUUCAUAAAUGUAUUGGGUUUUUUUAUUCACUUUGACAGCUAAAUAAAGUAUGAAAACGAAUACAUUGGUAAGGCUUAAUACUUGCAUAUUUUGACAAUUACAAUAGUGUUAACUGUUCAAAUCACAUGAACUGAAUAUUAUAUAAUUUAUAUAUUUGUGAAUGCAAGUAA